GAAAAUCGGACGUGCCGCUUUCUACAGACAACGUAACGCGUUAUUGCAUUCUGAACCAUGAUAUCUACGCCUUGCUGAGAUAUUUUAACAGUGCGUUGGCGUGUGUUGUUGUUCCGGCCGGCUUGUAUUUUAAUCCAUUUACAACCCUACAAAUUGUUUUUUUAAACCAGUAAAUUUAAGUGCGAUUAUUUCUCGAAUUAUGGCAUCGGCGCAAGUUUAAAUACAGCGUCGAGUGUGUGCGACCAGGGGCAGCGCCGUCGUGUGGUUUUAACAGCCACAUGCUAAAGCUGCGAUUGGUGACGACCCACUUCUUAAAACAGCCAUAGAUUUGCAAUGUGUCGAGAUAGAGAUAUGAAUCCUAUUACAUAAAUAUCCAGCUUAACUUUGUAACUGUUUCUUAUAGCGUAUAAUAUUCAUAAUAUCGCUUUAUACACAUAGCUGUUGUAGUCAAUUUCGAUAUUGAGCGAAACAUUCGACGUUUUUGCUCUCUUUUAAGGGAGUGCAGUUGCAGCCACAUGGUAGACCAAGACGUUAUGAAAACUUCAACCGCAAGAGACGACAAAAGUAAAGAGGUGCGGAAGGAACAAGAAACCAGAUUUGGAAAAGUAAAACGGAUGAUUACAGACACUUUAAGAAAGUCACACAGUCAAACUCCGACGACAUUUGAGGAAGCCAAGAGUGCGGCCAAGGCGCGAAAGCGGAAAGAACGGCAAGAAAGUAUUGGCUCCAUUUCUCAAGAGAGAAAGGUGAUCAGAUCAAAUUCGGAGGAGAGACCUAUCGAACCUAUCAAGAAUAAUGACAAAAAAGAUAUGCGACGCGUUGUUAGUCACGAAGAUUUCCAGAAAGCUCAUCCACUUCAAGAGCACAACGACACCAUUGUCAUUUCAUUGGUUGAGGCAAACGAUAAAUACUCGCCCCCUAAAAGUAUAUACGUGGAAGGACUGGUCUAUGAUGACUAUGAACACGAAAGACGUAGAUGGCAUGAAAGAUUUGCGCCAGCUAUGGCUCAAAGAGGAAGAAGAUUAAACCACGGGCGGAAGUACAAGAGUAAGCAUGUUUCUAAACAUCGAAUUAACAAGGAUGAUUUCACAAAAGAAAAUGGUGUUGUGUGUACCAACAACAACGACAUUAACCGAUAUGAAACAUUUGAAACUCGCAAAAACAACUCUGAUAAUAACAACCAAACUGAAUUACUAACAUCAAACCAUCAACAAGAAAAAGAUCCCUCACCCAGUCCAGUACACACACCAGUUGCAUCCACUUUGGAUUUAACCACACUCCACCAACAGAUCGACUCCUCAGAACCAAUGCCGUCGAGUUCGAGUCAAGAGUUAACAGAGCAAACAGAAACCUUGCCGAGUCUUCUGGUGGCAUCAAACAGACUGCUAUCGUCGCCGCGUAACUCGAUUAUGAUUACAAAUCGAAUAUACCUGGACCCCAACGUUCAACAAACAAAAGUUUCACUAGGCAAAGAUCCAAAGACGCCCAUGGAAAAGAAACUGAAGCAACUAUCGAAGCAAAUCAACUCGCUGAAACGCAAAAUAAAAAACUACGAUGAAGAGUUUCAGCAAACUUACGGGUAUAAAUCGUCGCAGGCGGAUAAAAUGAAUGAUAAAAACAUAAGAAAGUUAUAUACGGAGCUGAACAAGUUUAAAAGGGAGUACAAACAAUUAAAAGGCGAUACUAGUUCUACUACAACUACUUUUACUCCAGAUGCUAAUGUUUGUACCUCCCCAAAACCGGAACUAAAUAUUAAUGAUACUUUAGCGGAAAUUGAAAAGAGAUUAAGUGAGAAGCGGAUAACAUCGGAACGCAGCGUUGAGAUAGAAGAUAUGACAAAUGAACAAAUUAUUGAUGAAAAAAUUGCAAUUCAAAAAGCGUUGCUGUAUUUAGAAUUUCUCCAUGGUCGUCCCAGUACAAAAGGUGAUCGCGAUUUAGUGCGACCGCUUUACGAUCGUUACAGAACACUAAAACGAAUGAUGGCUAAAAUUUCAUUGAGCACCAGCGCCGUGAACGAACUAGCCACGAUCCACGAACACGAAACAAUGGAUUUUGUAUCUUCAACCCCACAAACUUCCGAAACCGAAACGGACAAAUUUAAUCCAUCUGCCAGUACAGAUAGCGACACUGAUAUUUCAUUGGGAGAAAGUUUCCACACUCUGACACUGAACGAAUUGUUACAGCAACAGCAAGACAUGAACGAGGAGAAAAAGAAGUUGAGAAGGUCUUUGAAAGAAUUCGAAAAUGAAAUGCAAACCAAAACUGGAAGGAAAUUACAAAAAGAUGAUAAAAUUCUGAUGUCGACAGUUUACAGUUCUUACAAGAAAACGAAAGCUAAAUUAAGACUUUUAGAUGCUUUAAUUGCUAAGCAAAAGACCUAGAUAUUUUUUUUGAUAUUUUUUUCUUUGCCGUGUUCAGCCCAGGUGCUAUUUUUAUUUAGACUGUUUGACGCGCGAGACAUAUUUCAUGAAUUUUCGCAUUUUUAGGUAAUGUUUUAAUUACCUUUUAGGAAGACGAACAAUAUUUGAGUAUUAUGUAUCUACCUAGAGCGAUAUGAUAGAUUUGAUAUUGGAACUAUUUAACUUUUGAUCAUUAUUGACUUAGUGAGAAUUUUACUAUUUUACUUGAACUAUACUUGAUAUAGCUAAGGUUCAGUUUAAGUUUAUACGCCUCGUUAUAGUUGGUGUAUCUAAAACCUUAGGGUCCCUUUACCAAUUACUAUAUUUAAAUAAAGAAACGAUUAACAA